GCGGGGGGGGGGGGUGGGGGAUGCAGAAUGGAGAGCCCGGCGGUGACCUUCACGCUGGCCUACUUGGUGUUCGCUGUCUGCUUCGUCUUCCCCCCCGACGAGGUGCGCUCGGCCGGGCUGACGGUGCAGAGCCUGCUGGCCGCCUGGCUGGGCAGCGAGGACGCGGCCUUCGUGCAGUACCACCUGCGGCGCAGCACCGGCACCCUGCUGGCGCACUCCCUCCUGCCCCUGGGUUAUUACCUUGGUAUGUGCUUUGCUGCACCUGAAAAACAUCUUUGUUUUUUCUACUUGGCUUCAAAAGGAUGGAAAACUUUCUUCUUCUUUGCUGUUCUCUUGCCAGCAGUCACCAGUGCCCUGGCAUAUUAUUGGUCUCGGAAAGGUUGGAAUAAUCAUCCGUUAGCCCGAACGCUCGCUCUUCAUGCUCUCCCGCAGUCAGGUUGGAGGGCAGUAGCUUCUUCCAUCAAUACAGAAUUUAGGAGAAUCGACAAAUUUGCUACUGGAGCCCCAGGAGCAAGGGUGAUCGUUACAGACACGUGGGUGAUUAAAGUGACCACCUACUGUUUACACGUUGCCCAGCAGCAGGACAUUCAUUUGACGGUGACAGACUCCAGACAGCAUGAACUCACCCCAGACUCUAACAUGCCUGUGCAGUUCCUCACCAUCCGUGUUGCCAGUAUUAAUCCCUACGUGAAGGCAUUUGAUAUCCGGUUGAACUCCACAGAGUAUGGGGAGCUCCGAGAAAAGCUGCGUGCUCCCAUCGUUAAUGCAGCCAACGUUGUGAUCCAUCAAAGCCUUAGUGAUUUAUUUCUAGAAACCUUUACAUCUCUGGUGGAAAUUAACCAGACAUAUCCUGUUCCAAGCACUCAGGAGCUGGAGCCGUGCAUAGGGUGUAUGCAGACUAUCGCUAACAUCAAACUCAUCAAGAACUGCCAGGAGCCAAACGAAGGGGAAUGCCAGCAGUGCUACUGCCGUCCCAUGUGGUGCCUCACCUGCAUGGGCAAAUGGUUUGCCAGCCGACAGGACCAGCAGCACCCAGAGACCUGGCUGUCGAGCCAAGUGCCUUGUCCCACUUGCCGAGCCAAAUUUUGCAUUUUAGAUGUUUGCAUAAUACGAUGAAUAGUACUUGGGUAUGUUUUAACUUUUAAAAUUUGACUGUAUUUCAUACUGGAUUUGGUUAAAAGGCCUGUUGGAAUUGUUUGAGACUUCACGUUCUACAGGGGUGCGAAAUCCAAAGGUUUCUUUUACAGUGCUGAAAACAGGCGUAAAUCUUUUCAGUUCCUCUAUACUUUUACCCAUAUCUUUGGUUUUUAUUCGCCAGAUGUCAGUUUCUGCAUUAUUAUUUCUUAAAACAUAUUUUGCUUUCUUAUGUCUUGGAUGGAAUAACUGUAUCCUUUUAUAUUUGCAGUAGUAUUCUCUUUUCAAGUUUUAACGUAGGUUAAAUUCUUAAAAUUUUAAAAUUUAACUCGGGUUUUGAUUCUUUAGGAAAGGGCUAACAGAGAAAACUACUUUGAUUAGACUUCAUUGAUACUUUUGUUCUUCUUUAAUCCAUUUGUAAAGCUUUUACUGAUCUUUGCAAGUGUUCACCAAAAAAGUGGACCAGUUGUGUUCCUUCUGCUGGUCCCCUCCGCUUAGAAAGGGAUCAGUUUCUGUAGACUAAGGAAUUUAAUCCCUGACGAUGAACAACUCUCCUAGGGACUUUUUAUUCCAUUAAUCUGUCUUUAGUUUAAUUUUUGAUGGAUGUAUUUAUUUCAAACAACAGAAGGAUUCAGAAACAUACCCCGUUUACCUACGCUGCUAAUAGUAUGCAUUGUUAAACCUGUUGGUUUCCAGGAGCUACAUUGCUUAGGGUUUCAAUGUUGUUUAGGUGGUAGGAUUUUUAUUUUUAUUUAAUACAUUUGAAGAGAGUGCAGCAGACAUCUGAACUGGCUAAAUACUCUGGAAGAAUGCUCAGCUAUUUCAAAGCCUGUGAGCUUUUUUUGAGGGGUAACCUUUCUGCUGACAGAGACGCCAGUAUCACAGAGGUACAUGUUGCUGUGCUAGGUGCCUCAAGAAUGACCAUCAUUAACAAAGGCUUUUUGGGCUUGCAAUUCAAAGGCUGAUCACAAGGAGUACUUGCUGUUUUAAUAUUCAUACGGUACUGGUGCAUGCUGCUUGAUCUGAUCUGCAUCAGAAUAAUUAGUAAAUUAAAAGAAAAGCGGUUUCCAUACAUUUAAGAGAGCCCUACUCCUAGACCUAAGUGCAGUGCUUAGUGUUCUAGCUGUCCACCCUCCAAUGACCAGUUAAAAGUUUGAAAUGGUCUCUGCAGGACUUUUUAACCUUUGUAAGAUUCUCACAGGGCAGGUUGGUGUCAUCUGACAUGCACCUCCUCCUUACACAGCAGCCUUUACAAAUAAGCAUUUUGUACCAUUUACUUCUGGAAAGUUUACACAUUGUGACACAGAUAGAAAGGCUGUAGUCCUUGAAGCAGUUGCAGAAGAGAGAGUAGGAUUUUGGAGUUGUGGUUUUGCCACUGGCAGUCAUUCAGUUCCUGACAGUCAUCCAACUCUUUUCCUGUUUGGAAUAAAAAUAUUUAUUGUAAAGAUGUGUGAAGUUAAAAUCCUAAAGGCCUCAAGAAACUUAGAUAAUAGAUACAUGUAGUUGCCAAUAGAUACAGGUCAGUUGCCAAUAGUAUCUCAUGUACUAAGAGCUUUAGUCUCCUAUUUUAGUAGGAGAUUUACAGAAAUCUACUUUUAAUUGAUUCAAAGUUGUCAUUUCAGUGGAACUUUGCUUUUAUUCAUCUUACUUCUUUUGACAGUAUAACAGUAUGACAAAGUAAUAGUCAUAACUGUAUAAUACUCCUGCAUCUUUUAAUGGUAGUGCUCUAUCCACAGAAGUGCCUCUUAGAAAACUUAGUAAUAAGUUAUGAUUUGUGUUAAUAAUAAUAAUAAUUUAUGAUUUAUGUUAAUAAUAGUGUCUGGCUUAAAUUCCUUAAAACAAGCAAUUUUUUUCCAAGUUUAAUUUCUCAAAGUAAUCUGGCAUGCCUCCAAAGUUGUAAGCUUCUUAAAAGCUGUGUUAGAGAUCCAACUUGUUAAAAAUACGUGUGAUCUGUUCUUCUUACAGACAGUAGGAGAAACCAUGACCUCUCCCUGCGCAGUCAUUUGAUAUCAUAUUUGUCUUUAAUAAAUUGCCGAUCAUGAAAAUAAUAGAGUACAAAAAUAGGCAUUUGUCUUCAUAACAGCUUCAGGUCAUCAUCUGUAAAACCACAUUCACAUACAGGGCUGUUUCUAGAGAAGAUCUCUGCAGUAAAAAGAAAUACAUUGCCUCCCACCCAAUCUUGGUACGUUUCAUAAACAUAAGGAUAGGGUUUAGAAUCAGUCUUUUUACAGCACUUCUCUAAGAAAAAAAAAUGAACUAAGUAAUGUCAUGGGCUAAAAUAUUUACUUCAAGAAUUUUCUUGAAUUUAUAAGCGAUUUUGUGUUGCUUUUUCAGUGGUGUGUAUGCUUUUCCACAUCACUGACUUCUGGGUAGGCAAUGUUAGUCAUCUGAGGUACGUUAUGUAAAUGUCAUGUCAUUACAAUAAGACAAUCUAUAUGUGGGUGCAAAGUGUCAGUGUAAAUACCCCAUAUGUAUAUAUAUGUAUAGUCCGAAUUUCACUCUGUGCUGCAUCUGAACAGUUGUUUCUAAAAACAUGGGCUGUGACUAUAUUAUUUAUUUCCACAGUUGUGUUAUUUCUGUAAUUGUAGCAUUCCAGAGAAUAUUGGCAAAGUAUGUUAUCUGUUGAUUUUAUAGGUUAACAUAGUUUGCUAAUCCAAAAAAACAAAACCAAAAUGGCAUUUUGUCCAAGCAGGACGUAUUUUGAAUCCAUUAUAUGAAUGCAGUUGUUUACCAUGAGGCUUGCCAUAACUUGAAACCAAAAUACCACGUUCCUGUGUGAUCUCUUCAGUACGAGUAUUUUUACUGUGUUGAAACUUGGUGGACUGCAGCUUCGUUCCAUUCCAGUCAGGCUAAACCACAGUUAAGACGUAACUGACUCAAGUUCCGAGUGCCGUUUCUUAAGAAAUGUUGACUUCUGAGAUCUUUAUGGAGUUGACAUAUUAAUAUUCAAGGUCUUACGUGCAUUACAAGGCAUUUUUCUUCCAAAGAUAUACCACAGGGUUUGUUAUUUGCAGUUUGGUUUUGGGUUUUGUUUCUUUUUUUUUUUUUUCUUAGGUAGUGUACCUAUUUUAAAACAGUAUUAUUUGGAUAGCCUUUAUGGAAAAGGCUUAAUGAAUACAUGUAGUUAAUAUUAAAACUCUCUGAAGAGCUGAAUAAAAAUACAAUUGGUUUUAUGUAA